AUGCCUCAGCAAGACAGGGCUACAGGAACAGCUGCAGGAUCUGUUUCAAGUCUCUCCGCUUUCUUUCUCUCGUGGUGGACAUCAGCCAAAGGAAAGACAUUUGAGGUGCCGGAUGAGGAGAGUUUUGUGAAGAAACUGGGAGUGCCGGGAGACCAAGCCAUCAAGGUCCUCUCCAUCUUCGGCAACACGGGGGACGGGAAGUCUCACACCUUGAAUGCCGCCUUCUUCGGCGGCCGGGAGGUGUUCCGCACCUCGGACACCCAGGACUCGUGCACGGUGGGCGUGUGGGCGGCCUGUGAACCAUCGCUGGACCUGGUCCUGCUGGACACCGAGGGCCUGCUGGGAGCCACCAGUAAACAGGACCGCCGGAGGCGGCUGCUGCUGAAGGUGCUGGCCGUCUCUGACCUGGUAGUGUACAGGACGCGGGCUGAGCGGCUGCACAACGACCUCUUCCGUUUCCUGGGCAACGCCUCCCGGGCCUACCUCCGCCACUUCAGCCACGAGCUGCAGGCCGCAAGCCAGCGCCUCGGGCUCGGACUGCCGAUGUCCAGUCUCGGACCCGCCCUCAUCGUCUUCCAGGAGACCUCCAACACCAAGCUGCUGGGUGGCGACUCCCAGACUCCAGGGAGUGCAGAGCAGCUGCUGCAGAAGAGGUUCCACCUGCUCGGUUUGAGCACAGAAGCUUUCAACUCUGUCGAGUAUGUUGGCACGCAGACAACGAGCCCCCCCACCGAUUUCUCUGGGUUCCUGGAGGCAGUGCGUCAGAGAGCAAACAGCACCUUGACCCGCUGUCGGAGAUCACCCGCCAUUGUCUACAAUGUGUUAAAGGCUCUGAGUAUCAGAUUCAACGGUGAGAUUACAGAUAGCAGGAUUGUGGUUGACUGUUUCUUCCCUGAUGAGUACUUCAGCUGCUCCAGAGUGUGCCUCUGCUGUGGGGCUCACUGUACCAACAGCAUGAACCACAUGAAGGACAAUGUCCCACACCAGGCAACGGGGAGAUGUCGAUACAUGCACCAGUACAAUAACAAGGUGUUAAUCUGCAGGGUGUGUUACGAACGAGGCUGGGAAGUAACUGUCAACCCCAAAACCUCCGCAUCAACGGACAGCAAGUGGUUCGGACUCGCGACCUAUGCCUGGUCAGGGUAUGUUCUGGAAUGUCCAAACUGUGGGGUAAUCUACCGGAGCAGACAGUACUGGAUUGGAAACCAAGAUCCCGAGGCAUCAGUUGUACGUCCUGAACUGAAACACGUCUGGCAAGGGGCGGACUCGUUCCUGAGGCCGAACCACAAUGGGGCGCAGCAAGUGCUGGACAGUGUCAGCUUUGUGAUCCAGUCGGUCUCCGAGUACAGCGCAGGACCAAGCAAAGCCAUCAGCUCCUGGCUGACCGAUCAGGUGGCCCCGGAUUACUGGAGGCCUAAUACCCAGAUCACGGAGUGCCAUCAGUGCAAGAGACCUUUCGAGGAGGGGGACCGUAAGCAUCACUGCCGUGCGUGUGGAGAGGGUUGCUGUGACACCUGCUCCAGUAAAAGUAUACCAGUCCCGGAACGAGGCUGGGGGUCCGCUGCAGUGAGAGUGUGUGACAAUUGCUUCAGAACAGGGGGGAAAAGCACAGGAAAGGAGCUGGGGUCAGCGAGAGAAGGCAAAGGGUUAUUGGCUCGCAGGAUUACAGAGGUGGCUCAGAGCACUCUAGAUACGAUGACUUCAGCAGUCGAAUAUCCGCUUGGGUUUGUCAAGGAAGUGGCAAGGCCUGAUUAUUGGGUGCCAGAUCACGAGCUGGUCAAGUGCCACCGCUGCGCGAAGCCCUUUUCAGGCAUGACGGCCAAGCACCACUGCCGAGCCUGCGGCCUAGGCAUCUGUGGUCAGUGCUCCCCGGAGUUGAGGACUGUGCCAUCUCGGGGUUGGCACCACCCAGUCAGGGUCUGUCUGGACUGUAGCGAGCAGAAAGGGGAGCUCUGAGGCCCAGCCCCUUCACUCGAAGCCUUGGUCACCUGUGUGAGCGAGUCACUGAGGACCAUCUCCUCGAGGGGCAGGAUCAGAGUCUGAUUCCAGGGAAGGUUCACCAGGCGUUCUACACCCUCCCUCGGCUAAUCUACAUCCAGUUCCUGCCGGUUAAAACCACAGUAAGGACGACACGUUGUCUAGGCCACUCAUGUUGACACUGGCCUGAGGGACAAAUAUGGCCGACAGGCCUGGACGUCGCCAACUCUGGACAUCGAUCCUGAAGAGUCUGUCAUGUGACUUAUUGUCCUUUCACACUCUCCCCCUAGUACCUUACUAUUGGCUGAUUUACACAUCAAUCAUCUUGACCCCUUCCUCCUACAGCCAAUCAGAAAGUGAGCACGCCCUUUCUCUGCACUGAUUGGCCAACACUCCAUUUCAGUCAAGCUGCCUUCCACUUAAUUCAUCUCAAAAUAUUAAUUGAAAGUCACUAGUGAAUGGUUGCCCCAGAAGUUAAACUUCAACCUUCAGGAGCCUUAAUGAUGUGUAAAUGAAAGGAGUUUGUGCGGAUAAUUAUUCGCUUUUCUUAAAAAUUGACUAAUCAGAAUCUACUUACCUGGUCUGUGACUGAAGAUUGACAGUUAACUGCCCACAGCAACCCUCUGACCAACCAGAAUCCACUUGCCUGUUCAGUGAAUGAAGAUUGACAAUUAACUGCCCCAUGGCAUUACCCUGACCAUUCAGAAUGUGCUUGCCUGUUCUGCGAAUGAAGAUUGACAAUUAACUGUUCUUGCCAACUCUCCAGGUUAGUGACUGGCCAACCAAUCAGCACCCUCUGCUCUUGUUUUAUAAAAGGGUUCCACAAACAAAAACCAGGAAUUGCUGGAAACGCUCAGCAGAUCUGGCCACGUCUGAGGAGAGAGAACUUGGGGUUAAAGUUUCAGGAGAAUGGUCAAGCCUGUCUGUUAUUUCCUCGUCCUGACCAUUGCAAGGCAAUCUGUUUGGCCGUCUUCUCUGUUUUCAGCAACAUUUAAACGUAUAGACGACCUUAUCCAGACUGGAACCAUUCACCUGUUGGUGUGCUACACCUUCUCUCUGGUUUUCAUAUUCUUCCUGAAGCUUGACCCCAGUUUUUAUUUUGCAUUGGCUGAGCAGCUGAAGCUGAGCUCCCGUAUUGCAGGAUGUAAUAAUUAAGAAGACGAGGAUACGACAGAAGAUACAUGGAAAUAUAUUGCCGCCCCUUCGGUAUCCCUAGAAUUCCCUCCCUAACAGCCACCUUCUCAAGGGGCAAUUAGGGACGGCCAAUAAAUGCUGGCCCAGCCAGUGACACUCUUGUCCCAUGAACUAAUUUCAAAGUUUGUAAGCACUUUUGUUUCGAAAUGUUUGACAAUGCACUUUCCUUUUGAAGAGGUUUGCACAGCCUUUGACACUUUGCAAGGGCAUUUUCCAAGUCUGUACCUCUCUGUCCUUUUACUGAGCACCCACCAGGGUCUGUGACCAACAGCGGUCGUGAGAGCAUUUCGAGAUGGGCGUGGGUUAAGCCCCAACAGUGGGCCAGGCCAGAACAGUUGACUUGUUCUCUCAGCAUCCUGCUUAAUGCUCAGUUCCCUUAAACAGAGGUAAUCCAGACCAAUCAUGCAGCAGAACAACAGUAUAGAAAUCGUGAAGCACUCCAUGGCUGAAUAGCCUUGUGAUUCUCAAUGGCCAGCUCUGGAGCCUGGGUAUCCUGAGGUUUGACAUGGAAGAGGGUUAUGUCUUCAGAGGGAACAGGAGACAAUUUUACUGAACACAAGCUGUUCAUCAGUUUGAAAAUUGAUGCCGUGUAGUGUCAGUUAAUGAGUGGAAGGUUAGAGCGGUUUUAAUUCAUUCCUAAACAACAUCAACAGACCUGCCCAAUAAAAUGCAGUUAGCGAUGAUAAUUCCAAACAAAUUGUGUUCUGAAAAUUAACCACAGCCAAUGACAGCAGUGUGUGGUCUCCAAAAAUCAUUGACAUUAAAGAUGAUCCAGCCUCUACCUUCCUGUAUUGAUUUAAAAGCAUCCGAUUGUGUGACGGUGCAGUCUGUGUCAGAGAUUAGUUGUCAAUCUUUGAUGCCCAAAGUCUGAAUCAAUCUAGAAAAAAAAUUCCAGAAAAAAAAUCUUCAUUAAAAAGGUGAGACUUUGA